UUAGUUAUUCAUGCCUGCUAACUUGACAGUGGUUACAUAAGAUAGCUGCAGUUUUUUUUGUGCUGUGGAGCUAGGUAAGCCAAAGCUACAACAAAAUUAUGGACUAUGUUGUUAUUAAACAUAGAUAGUCAGCUAGCUAACAAUAACUCUGCAGUCGCCUUAUUAACUUCAUUAUAUGGGUAAUAUCUUUGGAACAUUUUGUUUUCAGGAUUCAGAAUCAUUGCCUCGUUUUCGAACACGAAUGACCAUCAACAACUGAUUGAUUUCACGACUCAUAAUGGCUCAUGCUGGAAAACCCAGCAUUAACAAAAAGGUCUUGCAGUAUGAAACGUUUAUUAGCGAUGUGUUGAAACGAGAUUUGGAGAGGGUAUUGGAGCAAAGAGAUGGAGUGUAUGAAAAAAUUGCACAAUAUCUACAACUGAAAAAUACCAUUGAAAGCCUAAAGGAAUCUGAGACGAAGGGACUCAAAACAGAGAUAGAUCUUGGCUGUAAUUUCUAUGUCCAAGCACAUGUGGAGGACUCGUCAAAAAUCUUUGUUGCUGUUGGAUAUGGCUUUUUUGUCGAGUUAACGCACUCGGAAGCUCUGAAGUUCAUUGAGAAAAAGACAAAUCAGCUUACAGUACAUACCGAAGUGUUGACCAAAGACGCAGCUAAAAUCAAAGCCAACAUUCGCAUGGUGUUGGAGGGAUUAAGAGAACUUCAAAGUCUUACGGAUGUUCCGGAGAAAAGGAUGAGAGAUGCUCUUUAGCUGCAGUAGUGCUUCUGUUCAGACCUUUAGAUAUCAGUUUUCUAUCACAUUCAUAAUAGUGAUAAGACUGUAUUAUUUCCAUUGCUCUUUGGUUUAUCUGAAGUAAUAUAAAUGGUGUGUAAAACAAACCUUUGAUACAAACUUGGCAUCUGAACAGGUUGUACUGUUUAGAAGUUGCUUUAAAACUGUAAUUCUGCAUAAAAUAAAAUGGGGAAAGAAGUUUUAAAAUCUGUUAAACAGUUUCAGUGGCUUGCUCAUGUUUGAUGCAUUUUUUUCUGCAUUGUAUUACUAGAUCAAGCAAACCUUAUGUUGACAAACUAUAUUCCUACAACAAUUUCUAAUAAUAUCUCAAAUAUAUUCACA